AUGUCGUCCCCUUCGUCCUCUCUGCGCAAGAGGGGUGGAAAGAAGGAGGCGUAUACGGCUCUUCCCUCGGAUGAUGGCUCGAUGAUUCCAGUGUCGCGCGCUGAAAAUGCCGGCAAGCCCCAGUCUGAAUGGGAUUAUUGGCUGGCCAUGGCCGUUCUGACUGUGUUGGCUUUUGCAACUCGUUUCUACCGCAUUGAUUACCCCAACGAGGUCGUCUUUGACGAGGUCCACUUUGGAAAGUUCGCCUCGUACUAUCUUCAGCGCAUGUACUUCUUCGACGUUCACCCCCCGUUCGGAAAACUGCUUUUCGCCUUUAUGGGCUGGUUGAUUGGUUACGAUGGACACUUCUUCUUCGAGAACAUUGGUGACUCGUACAUAGACAACAAGGUGCCUUACUUGGCUCUUCGCGCUAUGCCUGCCACUCUUGGUGCUAUGACUAUUCCCGUUGUGUUCAUGACUAUGUGGGAGUCGGGCUACUCGCUCCCGGCCUGUGUGCUGUCUGCUGGUCUCAUGGUCUUUGACAACGCUCACGUUGGCGAGGAUCGUCUGAUCCUCCUAGACUCCACCCUGGUUUUGUCUAUGGCUCUGAGUGUGCUGUGUUAUGUCAAGUUUUACAAGUUGCGACACGAGCCCUUCGGACGUAAGUGGUGGAAGUGGUUGCUUUUGACCGGAUUCUGCAUGAGCUGCGUCAUCUCCACCAAGUAUGUCGGCUUCUUCACCUUCGUUACCGUUGGUGCCGCCGUCAUGAUCGAUCUGUGGAACCUUUUGGAUAUCAACCGCCGCCAGGGUGCUCUCGAUAUGGUCACUUGGAUCAAGCACUUCGUUGCUCGUGGCGUUGCGCUCAUCGUUCACUUUGCCGUCCUCACCCGCUCCGGACCCGGUGAUGAGUUCAUGUCUCCCGAGUUCCAGGAGACAUUGAACGACAACGCGAUGACCGCCCAGUCUGUCGGUGUUCAGUAUUUUGACAGCAUUAGCAUGCGUCACAAGGACACCAAGGUCUUUCUUCACAGCCACUGGGAGACCUACCCUCUUCGCUACGACGAUGGCCGUAUCUCCAGCCAGGGCCAGCAGGUUACUGGAUACCCCCACAAUGACACCAACAACUUCUGGCAAAUUCUACCCACCAAGGCACUCCCCGAGGGCCAGGCCGCCAGUGUUUUGAACGGAGAUGUCAUCCAGCUCCGCCACGUCGGCACUGAAUCGUUCCUCCUGACUCACGAUGUCGCCUCUCCCUUCUUCCCCACCAACCAGGAGUUUACCACUGUUUCCAAGGAACUGGCCGACGGAGAGCGUCACAACGACACUCUCUUCGAGCUUAAGAUCGAGAAUGGCAAACCCGCCCAGGAGUUCCGCACUUUUGCUAGCUUGUUCAAGCUCGUUCACGUGCCCACCCGUGUGGCUAUGUGGACUCACACCACCCCGCUCCCUGAAUGGGGCUUCAAGCAGGCCGAGAUUAACGGUAACAAGAACAUCCUGCAGUCCAGCAACACAUGGUUCGCCGAGACUAUUGAUGGCCUGGAGGAGGAUAGCCCCCGUCUUAUUCGUCAGGAGCGCAAGCCCAAGACGAUGUCUUUCCUCCGCAAGUACUUUGAGCUUCAAGGCGCUAUGUUCCACCACAACAACGCUCUUACCAGCAGCCACCCUUACGCUACUGAGCCCUUCCAGUGGCCCUUCCUGCUGCGCGGUGUGAGCUUCUGGACCAAGAACGAGACUCGUGGACAGAUCUACUUCCUGGGUAACCCCAUUGGAUGGUGGAUUGCUAGCAGUCUUUUGGCUGUGUUUGCCGGCAUCGUGGGAGCUGACCAGCUCUCCCUUCGCCGUGGUGUUGAUGCCUUGGAAGAAAUCUGGGGCCCCGGGACCCGCUCGCGUCUGUACAACAGCACUGGAUUCCUGUUCCUGUGCUGGGCCGCCCACUACUUCCCCUUCUGGCUGAUGGGCCGUCAGCGCUUCCUGCACCACUACCUGCCCUCCCACCUGGCGUCUACCAUGGUGACUGGUGCACUGAUCGAGUUCAUCUUUAACUUGCAGCCCCUUGACCCCGACUCUGGCAAGGCCCCUAUCGAUGACCCGUCGGGCAAAGCCAAGGGUAAGGUGAGUCGCAGUCUCGGUCGCUUCGUCACGGCCAAGGAGCGCAUGGGCGCCCGAUCGCUCAUCGCCGGAUGGGCUGCUACCACUGUCAUUCUGGGCGCCACUAUCUGGGGCUUCUGCUUCUAUGCGCCCUUGACUUACGGCCUUCCCGGUCUGGACGUGGAUGGCGUCAAUGCCCGCAAGUGGUUGAACUACGAUCUCCACUUCGCCAAAUAA